AUGUCUGCCACAGCCUACGAUACCCACCAGCGCCUGCGGACCAAGGCCAUCCGACAACUCAAGAAGAAGUCCUACGAUGAUGCCAUCAAGACAAUCUCAGACGGCGCAGUGUCCAUGCUCGAGCAGGGCGAACAGGGCAGUGGUUGUGAUCUCGGAGUCUACCUAGUCGACAUCCUCGAUCAGUCCAGCAAGCCCUGCGAUCAAGACGCACGAGAGAAGAUCAUCAAGAUCGUCUCACUUGCAAAGAAUGACUUUUGGAGGAAAAAGUUGAUUGACGCUGCCGUGAGGUGGUCCGUCAAGGCGAGCCGGAAUCCAGCUGGAGACAGCUUCCUCAGACUAGGCAUUGCAGAGGUGCUUACAAAAGAGAGCUCCUUCUACCUUGCAGAGACACACUAUAUUGCAGCAUGUGUAACACCCCCCGCCAGCUCCAGCGCUCAAGUUCCCGAGCACGCUCCCAAGGCAUUCGCGCUAAUGAUGGUGGAAUGGCUGAAGACAUUCGCACAGGACGCGUCUCAACAGACAGGGGAGAAGAGGGAUGCAGAGGUGAUCGAGAGGAUAGAAGCAGGCAAAUGGGCGCUCAGAGCAUUGAUGCCUCUGCUAUCUCUGAAAGCAUCUGAAGCUGCCCGAGGUUUCCUUUCCAUCUUCAUCUCGCGUCUGGCGGCCAAACAUUCCACACUUCUCCUCCCAGUCACUCCCAACCCUCGUCCUUACACAGCACCUGCCGGCGCAGAGAAUGCUCCUUCCCCGCCCCAGAACCUCCAGAUGUCCAUCACCGCCAACCCAGAUCUCAACUUCGGACAGAUGGCUCUAGCACUGUCUCUUCACGCCAAGGCUUCCAAGGCCUCCAGCGGCAGGGUGCCAGACGGCCUGAGGAAUGCUUGGGUGGCUUUGGUGCGGCAGUAUGAGAGGGAGGGAGAUGCGAUUCACGAGGAGGGCAUCAGCGACACCAUUCCGACCAUCUCAAAGUCGUACUUUGACAUGCAGCCCUCGAGACCUCAAGGCAACUUCAUGCAAGAUAUGCUGUCCAGCCUGAUGGGAGGAGGGCAACAAGGCAAGCAAAGCCAGAUCGCUGGAGGGGUGCCUGAGCCUGUCCAGCCUCUGGUCAUCAAGCAGGUACCUCAGCCCGUCUUCCAGAGCGCUGCUGAAGACGAGCAAUCCGCAGACGAUCCCGAAGGGGGCGCUGCGGAGGCCUUAGAGGAGGAAGAUCUGGACUGA